CAAAAAUGAGUUUGACCCAUAAAUGUGGCACUUUUGAUUCACUCAUGUAAAAAUGUAUAUACUCAGAUAAUUACAUAUAUUAGGACGCGGUGGAAAGAGAAAUUAUUCGUUCAAAAAUAAAUUUUCGGAAAAUAAACAAAAGUAAAAAAAAAAUUAAACAGAAAAAGAAUCUAUGACCACUUUACCAAGUUGUAUGUAUUGGACGUUUACUAAUUCAGGUUUGUUAAUACAAGAUUGGCUGUUGAAACCUGUAAGACCGGUGAAUUUAAAUGAAGCUAUUAAUCAGUUAUACUUGUCGUCAUCUGUUGACUACCAUCAACCAAACUCUAAUCAUCAUCAGUUAAACUUCAAUAAUAAUAAUACUUUGUCAAAUGAUAAUAUUCAACAAGUUUUACAAAUUAUAUUUUAUUUCAGUUUACCAUUGAUCCCAGCGGCUACAAUAUUAUUUACUAUCAUUAAUAUAUUUAUCGAAUCAAAAUAUUAUAUUUGUCCAAAGUACACAUUGUUUACACGUCCAUAUAUACAAAGACUUUCACAGUACUUAAUUGUAUUCUACGUUUUAACUGGGAUUAAUUCAUCUCUUAUCUGGUUGUCAACAUUACCUCGUUAUAUACCAAUGUCAAUUGGAAAUUAUAUUACACUAACUAAUAAUAAUAAUAAUGAUCAUUUAAUCAAUAAGCAUAAUUCAAAUGUAACUAAUCAAUACAAUUCACAUUUAUUGAUGAAUUCGUCCUCCUCUUCACCUCCUCCUUCUUCGUAUGAUUCUAAUAUUACACCAAAAUUCCUUACACAACUUCCAGCCAUCUUAACAAUGCAAAUUGUCCUACGUUUAACGCUAUGUUGGCUAAUUAUUGGUAUAAUUAUAGACCGUAUCUACAUACUGGGUGAAUUAUACAUUAAUCCAAUGACAAAAUCAUUUAAUCACUAUAUAAAUUAUUUAUAUACAUUAAUUAAAGAAAAUCUAAGUGAAAAUUGCUACUUAAAUACACUAACAACUCAUUCUGUGAAUGAUAAUUGCCUAACAGACAAACAGAUUCAAAAAGGCGGGAAAUGUUCGGCGUUUCAACAGAUAUUUAAAUUUGCCGCGAAAUUAUGUUCAAUACAAAAGUGUUCAAUCAGGUCAUGUCCAAUCUGUAAACAAAUGAAUUAUAAUCUAGAAAAUGAAUAUACAUGUUUUGUAUGUAAAUCAAAUUAUUUAUAUAAUACAAAUUUAUUAUGUCAUGGAGACGAGAAGCAGCAACAACAACAACAAUCUGAUGAGAAUUUAUACUUGAAUAGUUCAAUAAUACCUAAUAAAACAACACAGUGUACAUCGAUUGGACGUUUAAUCUUAACCACAGGUUUACUGAUCACCUGUUCAUUAGCCAUUUGUCUACCUCAAGUAUGGUCAUAUCAGUUGAUUGGAAUAAAUUUAAAAAUUAAACUAACUAAUGGUAAUUCUAAGAAUCGCAUCGAAAAAAUGUAUCCAGCUUGGCGUCUUUUGAACAGAAAUAGUCAAACUAUAUAUGAAUAUUGUUUUGCUGCAGUCAGUUUUGUAAUACCCUGUUGUACAAUUAUCGUCUGCCUACUAUUAUUAAUAAUGCGUUUAAUAAAGAUUAAAUGUGAAUUCAAGCAUAUUUAUUUACAUGGUUCAAAUGUCAGAGAUAUUAAAUUUUACAAAUUAUAUGAAAAUAUUGUAAAGUAUUGUCUAACACACUUAAUUCAAGAUUGUAUCCUGGUUCUAAUUAUAGCUGUUAUACAGUUGUGCUGUUCUCUGCCGCAUUUAAUGACCAAUUCAAUUAAUCGUCUUGAGUGUUUAUUGGUUAGUUCAAGUAAAGCAUCGAGUAUCCCAUCCACUUCUCCGUCAUCAUCGCCGUCCUCCUCCGCUUCCUCGUCGGGAGCAGAAGCCACAGACACCUAUUGGCCGACACGACAAAAUUGGCUUUUAAUUGAAUUAAGCUGCCUAUUCGGUGAUUUCUUGAUUCAACUAGUUAUUCUUUCAAUUCGUCUGUGUGAGACAAAUCAUUUGUUGACUGCUAACUUUCCACUUCAAAAUUUUGAAAAUGGCUGGCUUAAAAAAUGCAGUUUAAGUAACAUGGAUAAACAAAAUUAUGCAAGUGUCCAGUGUCAACAUACUGUUCAACAGAAUGACUGUGAUGUAGAACAUUUAAUGAAAAUGCAAGAAUUGGAUGAAGAUGUCAGUAAAGCUAUGGAUGAGGAUAGUUAUGAAAGUAACCAUCAAGUGGGGGAAGAAGAAGAAGAUAAUGACGGUGACAGCGAUGAUGAUUUCCGUGAGGGUGACGUCAUCGGCAAUGAAAAUAGGCAAAGAACACUUGUCUAUUCUAUGAAAACACCGACAGAUAGUGGACAGACCAGUAAGAAUAUCUCUCCUUUACCAAUAUCGCAUACAAUCUCAGAUGUUCUCCUGUCGCCUAAAUUUAAAUCAAAACAAGGCAUGUAUCGACUUAAUGUACAGAAUAAAGUACAUCGGUCAAGUCCAUCAACAUUUACCUCCCCACUGCUACAGCGUAUACCAGAAAAUAUUAAUUAUCAGAAUAGUUGUCACAGUUUCACAAUGAACAACACAAUGGCAAAACCGACUGUUACAGCAAUAACUAAAGGUUCACUGAACACAUACGUUGAACCGAAAACAAAUAUGGCUAGCCUCACUUACUCACCAAGAUCACGACAUCCGUGUAGACUACAGACGAGGAUUUCUUCUGAUCCUUUGAAAUCAACAAAUUACAAUAAUCUUAAUAAUAACAGGAUUCAUCUGUCGACUGCAUCAUCUGUUAAUCAGUCGAAACAGAUUACAGCUACGCCUAAUAUGAAUACACUCCGUCUGUAUCAAAGUCGUUGGAUUGACAACAAUUCACCGCCGCCCUUACCUCCACCACCGAAACAUUUAAUGUACAUGCUUGGCGAAGAUUCAUCAAUUUAUUCAACUCCUCAUGGAUCACCUCAACAAUUCGGUACACGUAAACAAAUGCUACUGAAUAACAACAGUAACAGUAAUAAUAAUAAUAAAAUCACUAUUACUAACACUUGUAAUAACAGUACUAAUAUUUCGCUGGGAUAUUCACCAAAUAUAUCACGUCUUACUCAUCAUAUUUCAAAACAUGAAAGUCCAAAUGCUAUGAGUUUUCGACAAACUGAUUCAGGUGUCACUGGUUUAGGUGGUUCACUGAUAGACAGUGAGAAUUAUGAAUCGAAUACAGUUAUCACUUGAUCAUCUCUACCAAAUCUGGGGAACAAGCUGAUUUUUGACCAGAAAAAGAAGAAGGCGAGGAGGGGACCUUAAAAUCAGGUGAAUGCUUCAAUAUUGAAGACUUUAGCCUACAACUGUACAAACAUUUAAUCGUAUGUCAAAAUUAUUCAUGUUUCUCAAAUGUCUACACACUGAUCGGUAAUCAUUGACCAUGUCUUGCACAGAUUUUUUAUGAUUUCACUUGAUAUAAAUGAUUUUAAACUCUCUUUCUCUUGUGUAAUGAGGUUAGUUCAUACUACACGCAUUUAUUUAAAACAAAAUGUUGAUACUUUUAUCAUUUUUCCACUUCGAAAUAUAU